AUGGAAAAUGCCAACUGGGAAUUCCCCAUACAACCCACAAUUGUCAAGUUGGAGAGAUGUAAGAGAAGAUGCAUUGACCAAGAUAUCAGGCACAGUGGAGUAUAUGUGUACCCCACUAAGAUGAAGCUUUUUUAUGUUGGUCAAGUUUUGAACGACGCUUCUCAGGUUGCCCUUGGUCAGUUUCAAAGGAGUACUAUCAUUAGCUUUCUGAUCAUUGAACGACAUAUCAAGGGUAGACAGCUUCGAUAA